AUGAUGGGUAAUGAUACUUCACAGUUGAAUGGUCUGGAGAUCGAGGAAAAGGCUAUUGAUGUUACAGAUUUUUGGUCUCAUUAUCAAGCCACUAUUAAGGACAGCUGCAGGUAUUUCAGUUUGAAAUGUGAUGGUUCAGUGUCAGUAUUUAAAGGACAAGCAGCAUUAGGCCCUCUGUGGGCAGUAUCGUCGCCUCUGGAGAAGUUUUCAAAUAAUCUACUAAAAUAUCGUCAUCCAUGUAUAAUCCGUUAUAUAACUGCGUGGCAACAGAAAUCCACAUAUCAUUUGGCUACAGAAUUUGUACAACCCCUUUCAUAUGUAUUGAGCUCACAAACACCAUUACAGAUUUGUAUUGGGCUUAACAACAUUUUAAGAGCAUUGGUAUUUCUUCAUGAACAGGCUGGAAUGUCCCAUAAUAAUGUGAGUAUAUCAGCAAUUUAUGUGACUGGAGAUGGACAGUGGAAGCUUGGUGGACUUCAAUAUUUAUGCUUGUUUAGUGAAUUGAUACCUGGUUAUUUAAAACAGGCGAGAAUACAUAGGUAUGACAAAGCUGUAGAUCCAAAUGAAGAUUCUUAUGAGAUUACAACAAAGGUAGAUCAAUAUGCAUUUGCUGCUUUAGUUGAAGAUGUAUUCAAAGGACGCAAUGAUGAAGAAGUACCACAUCUAAAGGAAUUUAAGAAGUAUUGCAGAGAUUGUCUGCAACACAAUGAACCUGAUAGAAGACCUGAUUUGGCAGAAGUCCUUCAGCAUAGUUUCUUUAAUCAUGAAUUUAUAUCAAUAUAUAAAUUCCUGAACUUCUUACCUCUAAAGAGUGAUGAAGAAAAAAGUGAAUUUUUCUCUAACAUUUUGGAUAGCUUGAAAUGUUAUGAUGAAGAGACUGUAGCAAAACAACUUGGAGGAUUAUUGCUUUCCAGACUAACCAUGUUAGACCCAACUGCUAGAAAGGAUGUUAUACCUUAUAUACUUAAACCAAAAAAUGAGAGAUUACAGAACACAGAACAAUUAGGAUUUUUCAGUCUAAGUGUAUACAAAGAACAUGUGAAGUCUAGAAUUAUGCAACUGUUUGCAGUAAGAGACAAUCAGAUAAGAAUGCUUUUGUUGACACACUUUGCAACAUUCGUACAUGUGUUUUCACAUGAAGAACUUUCACUGCAUAUAUUACCUGAGCUACUUUUGGGCAUUAAAGAUAUAGAUGAUAACCUAGUUGCUGCAACUCUGAUAUGUUUGAGUGAACUAGUGCCAAUCCUAGGAGCUGAUACUGUUAUAGGUGGUAAGAGGUCAAAGCUAUUUACUGAUGGGAGACCUAAUUCAAAAACAAAUUUAACUACAGGAAAACCACAAGAUGAUCUACUAUUUUUAUCAAAAAAAUCCUUAAGAGAUUACCACUGUUCAGAAGAUGUUUAUGAAAACAGUAGCAUAAAUACAUCUGAAUAUGAGAAAACUAUAGUAUUAAAUGAGAGACCUUCACCUGUAGGAGGGGAAUCAGUAGACGAAGAAGUUGUCUUAAUGAAAUGUAACAAAAACAAUCUAGCAGACAGUGAAGACGACUGGAGUGACUGGGACAACACAAAUAGACAAUUAACAAUAGCAUCAAAUAAUACAGAAACCCAUCUUGAUAAAGAAGAAAGUGCAAAUAGUAAGGAGAGUUCAAUUAGCACUACAACAUACAUAUUGGACACUGCCUCGAGAACAACAAUAUUACAAAAAGCUGCAUUGGAAGCAAAGAAAAACAUAGUAGAUAUUUCCGAGCUGGAUAUUAAAAAUCAAAAACCAGAAAAUAAGAGAACCAGGGAAGAGAUUGAUUUUUUUGCUGAUAUGAUGCCCGUGAUAGAGAAGCCAACAGUUGUGAAUAUUGCCCAUAGGGAUAUUUCACAAGAUUUUAGUAGUAAAUUGAAUUUUAUUCCUGAUCAAGAAUUAGAUGAAAAUGAGGGCUGGGGAGAAAAUUGGAAUGAGUAGAAGUACAGUUUGCCUGGUAAAUUAAAAUAUUGUAUUAAUUUAAAGUUUAUUUUCGCGCAAAAGUCGCUAAAAGCUAGGAUUUCUUUAACAGAUUGCAAGUUGAAACUUGUAUGUCAAAAUUAGCUCAGCUUGCUGGUCAAUAACUGGAAUGAAAAGGAAUUAUAGUGUAUUAACUACUAUUUUGCAAGCAUACUAUUACAUGUUUAUAAUUAUCGACUAUAUACCUACAGGUGAAUCCAGGAAAUUACAUACUAAUCUGUGUCAAAAUGAAGAAGACUAACUUUACGGCGUGGCGUGACCACGUGGAAGUAUUGGAACAUUCCCCAAUGGCAAUUAAUAUUACAACUAAUAAAUAUUCAUGACUGUGCACUAAGAGCUCCCUCAU